ACAUCUUGAGGUUAAAUCCCUGGCAUUUGACACUUUGAAGUUACAACUGGAAUCUCACUAGGAGGCACACUCUAAUCUUUUCUUAAUCAGAUACAUGUCAUAAACAAUCACAGUUGGUGAAGAAAUGCAGAUUAUGAUACCAGAUCUUAUAGAAAAUAAUUACACAACAAUUAGUACAUUAUCUAAAGGUCAGUGAGGCCAGACUCCUCCCAUUGUUGAUUGAUGUACCCUAUCUGUGUGUGAAGCCAUAUGCAUGGUCUUUGUAUAAUCACUUUCUUGGUUCAUAGCAGGCUUGACUAGUUGAUAUAGUUUUACAGUGCUAUUAUUUAAUUUAUUAUUCAAUUUAAACAACUACUUAUAACUUGGAUUACUUUAUUCACUCGUGACAUAAUGUCUGGCAGAGGAAAAGGUGUUCGCACAAGAAGGAAUAGAGUUACUCCAUAUGCAAAUUCAGCUAUUUCUGAUAGACAAUGGGAUUUAAACAAUCCAUCCAACUGGACUUCACAAAAAUUUCGAGAAGAAUUGGACAAAAAAGGCAUAAAAACUCCAAGUUCUUUACCCAAAUCGGUAUUAAAACAACUAUAUAUCGAAAAUUCUAACACAAGUGGGAUUACUACACCACAAAUUCAACAAAACAGGACUAUUUCUGACAAUGAUACAUCCAAUCUGUUGAGUACAGAACCUGAAGUAGCUGUAACAGACAGUGGGACCAAUGUACAACCCUUAGCCUCUUUGGACAUAAACAAUAUUCCUGUUCCCAAUACUUCCUUGGCAGAACAGGACACAAUGAGUGUAAACCAUCAAGUAACAAGCAACAAUACAGGUGGAAUUACCAAUGACAUUCCAAUGCAGAACUCUAAUUUCAACAGUAUGGCUACAAUGUCUACCAUGCUGGCACAUUGUUUCAGUGGCUUUCAACAAAGUUUGAAUCAUUUUAACCAGAAUUUAAACAAAGGGACCAAUACUGACAGCAGUGGAUUCAACCUUCAGCAAUGGUAUAAAGCUCAAAGUUCUACAACUAAUCACAUGGAUCAAGUUCCGAAUAUUCCCAUAUUUCAAACAGGAUUACAACAGGAUUUGAUUUAUCCGUCUCCAACCGUACAGCAGUUAGAUGCCCGAGACUCAUCUUCUCAACAUGGAUUUCAAGGAGUGCGCUCAGAUUCUUUUUCAAAUGUGGAUAUCAUUUCUCCUAUUCUUCAAAAACAGAUCAUUGAGGAUGGACCGUUUCCGCAGGCUGGCUCCAAAUGCAGCACUUCAACCUCAUCAGUGCCCACCCAGUUCAGAAGUAAUGUGGUCCUGAACAAAAUAGUUCAUCAACUUUGGGAUAUUGCUAUUGCAAGCAAAACAAGAAGUGCAUAUGAAACUGGAUUUAAACAUUUUGAGAGAUUUAUGUUGCUGAACAAUUUUAAAUUUAAUUAUCUACCACCUAUUUCAGAAGACAUUUUGAUUUAUUUUACUGCAUAUUGUUUUCAUUUUUUGAAACUACAGUAUUCUACCAUAAAAUUGUAUUUAUGUGGAAUAAGAUACAAAUAUUUAAAAAAUAAUUGUAAGGAUCCCUUAGAAUCUGACAACAACACACCCUUAGAUAGACUCUCCUACAUUUUGAACUCUGUCAAAAAACUUCAAAAACCAAAUAACAAGAAAAGAUUACCUAUCACUUUCGAAAUUUUAGAGAAAAUUAUAUUUCGUCUAAGGCAAGGUGUGUUUACCCCUUUUAUUGAUUUAAUGCUAGAAGCAGUAUGUACUGUAGGUUUUUAUGGCUUUAUGAGAUGUGGAGAAUUUACUGUCUUGAAAGCCAACCAAUUUGACCCAUCUGUUAAUUUAUGUAUUGGAGAUAUUAUUUUGCAUAAAGAUAUGAUAAUUUUGAAAUUGAAACAGUCUAAAACAGACCCUUUCAGGAAAGGUGUAGAUAUUCAACUCCAUAAAGUAAAAAAUCAAAUUUGUCCUUUUAAAAUCUUAGUCAAAUAUUUACAAGUUAGAGAGAGUCUUAAACAAGGUCUCCCAUCUGAUCCACUUUUUAUCUCACAAAAUGCUUUGGCAUUAGAAAGGAAUUAUUUCAUUAAUUGUAUAAAACAAGUACUUAGUAUAUGUGGCUUCAAUCCUGAUCACUAUAAUGGUCAUAGCCUACGCAUAGGAGCUGCCACUACUGCAGGUAAAGCACAUAUUGAAGACCAUUUGGUCAAAACACUAGGACGCUGGUCCUCUGAUAGUUACUGCAGGUAUAUAAGAGUGUCAUCUACUUCAAUUAAAUAUGCACAAGAAUUGUUAGGAAAAUAUUAACAUGAACAUAAUAAUGUCUUUAGAAUGCAGAUCUACACAUUCAUGUACAUAGAUUUUUCCAUUGUUAUUUUUUAUAUAUAUAUUUUUUUUCUUUUUUUUUUCUUUCUCAUGACUUUAUUGAAGGUGAAAAAAUCUUAAUCCUAAAUCCUUGGGGGCACUCAGCUGUUUCCAUCUGAGUUUUUGGACCUUGAUGGAAUUUUAUCACUGGUUAUUUCUAAAAUUUCAUUCAUCCCCAAGCAUUUCGGGGAAAAAUUUUAUCAAAUUUAUUCCAGCGCCAGUUUGAUAGACCCCUGCUACUUCACAAGUACAUGGGCUAUCCCCAUGCAGACCUUGCACACACCGGCUGCAGAUGAGACGCCUAGUCUCAUCACCUAAGUGGAGAACCCUCGCUUCACAUUCCCCGGCUGGCGUAUUGUCGGGCAGGCAGGUUCUUCCUCACACUGGAGGUUGCAAGCUGACUUGCUCAGGCAGGAACUCAAAAUUGUUCUAUAUGCUGAGUGUUUCCCUAAGGCCAAAACCAGAUUGAUUAAUUGUUUUUUAUAAUAAAAUUAUUAUUCAUUCUAAUAUAUCUUUCUGCUUUAAGCCAGUAUGAUUUGCUAAGACCAUGUUUUGGUUUACACACAGAUAUCCCUUAUGUUACAUUUGGUAUUGUUUUUCGGAGCUGGUAUUUGCUCAAUUACAAGGAUGAGAUCUGGACUUUAAUUGAGAUUUGUUCUAUUAUGAGAGUUUUACUUUGAGUAAGUGUAGAGUCAAGACUUGCUCAUUAAUACAAACAGAAGAAAAAUUUUUACCUCAAAAGUUACACCUGUUAAAAUAUAAGUUGAUGUGAUCAUUAAACAUUUCAUCUUAUCAAUGGAAGGCUUGCUUAUUGAUGCCUUGAUCUUGGGAAAGGUAAAUAAAUUUGUGUCUCUAAAAAUUUGGUAAGCCUGCCACUGGUGACCUGAAAUGUUUUGAUCACUGACACUGGAGCAAAGACGAGAAGUAUUGGCAACCACUCACUCCAACAACUAUACAAAUUAUACAACAUCAUACUAAAAGUACAGAAACAAUAUUUCACUUUAUGAGACUCAAUGAAUAUAAAACAUUACACUUAGAAAAACAAAUAGGAGACUACAGAAUAGAAUAACAAUAGGAGACAACAGAUUACAAACUUGGCUUGUUUGUAUAAAUAUGGUACUUAUAUAUAAUAAUAUAAGUACUGUUUAUACAAACUGACAUUCCAGCUUACACUUAAUAAUUAAUGUGAUAAUAAAGAUGCUGACAUUAUUGAUACUUUUAAUUAACAUACACAGACCACUUGGUACAUCUUGAGGUUAAAUCCCUGGCAUUUGACACUUUGAAGUUACAACUGGAAUCUCACUAGGAGGCACACUCUAAUCUUUUCUUAAUCAGAUACAUGUCAUAAACAAUCACAGUUGGUGAAGAAAUGCAGAUUAUGAUACCAGAUCUUAUAGAAAAUAAUUACACAACAAUUAGUACAUUAUCUAAAGGUCAGUGAGGCCAGACUCCUCCCAUUGUUGAUUGAUGUACCCUAUCUGUGUGUGAAGCCAUAUGCAUGGUCUUUGUAUAAUCACUUUCUUGGUUCAUAGCAGGCUUGACUAGUUGAUAUAGUUUUACAGUGCUAUUAUUUAAUUUACCACCCGCCAUCCACCUACCUAACACCUUCAAUAAUGUUUCAUGACAAGGGAAACAUCUCAGUUUUUACUAGUGAUAUAUAUUUUAUUUUUAAUUUCAAUUCCUUGAUGGAAUUUUAUCACUGGUUAUUUCUAAAAUUUCAUUCAUCCCCAAGCAUUUCGGGGAAAAAUUUUAUCAAAUUUAUUCCAGCGCCAGUUUGAUAGACCCCUGCUACUUCACAAGUACAUGGGCUAUCCCCAUGCAGACCUUGCACACACCGGCUGCAGAUGAGACGCCUAGUCUCAUCACCUAAGUGGAGAACCCUCGCUUCACAUUCCCCGGCUGGCGUAUUGUCGGGCAGGCAGGUUCUUCCUCACACUGGAGGUUGCAAGCUGACUUGCUCAGGCAGGAACUCAAAAUUGUUCUAUAUGCUGAGUGUUUCCCUAAGGCCAAAACCAGAUUGAUUAAUUGUUUUUUAUAAUAAAAUUAUUAUUCAUUCUAAUAUAUCUUUCUGCUUUAAGCCAGUAUGAUUUGCUAAGACCAUGUUUUGGUUUACACACAGAUAUCCCUUAUGUUACAUUUGGUAUUGUUUUUCGGAGCUGGUAUUUGCUCAAUUACAAGGAUGAGAUCUGGACUUUAAUUGAGAUUUGUUCUAUUAUGAGAGUUUUACUUUGAGUAAGUGUAGAGUCAAGACUUGCUCAUUAAUACAAACAGAAGAAAAAUUUUUACCUCAAAAGUUACACCUGUUAAAAUAUAAGUUGAUGUGAUCAUUAAACAUUUCAUCUUAUCAAUGGAAGGCUUGCUUAUUGAUGCCUUGAUCUUGGGAAAGGUAAAUAAAUUUGUGUCUCUAAAAAUUUGGUAAGCCUGCCACUGGUGACCUGAAAUGUUUUGAUCACUGACACUGGAGCAAAGACGAGAAGUAUUGGCAACCACUCACUCCAACAACUAUACAAAUUAUACAACAUCAUACUAAAAGUACAGAAACAAUAUUUCACUUUAUGAGACUCAAUGAAUAUAAAACAUUACACUUAGAAAAACAAAUAGGA